AGAUGAAUUCUCUAAUAUAUUUUCAUUUAUGCAUUUUAUUUGUUUAUGUUUUCUUACACAUAACCAUGGGGUGUGAAACCAUCGACACCACCCUAGGGUUUGUAUCACAACCUCUUAAUCAGUCCAAUUUCAUCAUUCAAAAGCCUUAUGAUGUUCCGCUCGAGCAAAGAUACAAAUUUUCCAAAGGAGUUCACAAACUUUGGGUGAUCAAGACCGACAAACCUCACUCGAAUACUAGCCAUACGCGUGCUCGUUCUGAGAUUCGGAUUAAAGGUUACGACUACUCUUCGGGUGUUUGGCAAUUCGAAGCAUAUGGAUAUGUGCCUUGCGGGACGACAGGCGUAUCCAUCAUGCAGGUGUUUGGGUCGAAGCCGCCACAUGCUACAACCGCAAUGCUUAGAGUGUAUAACACCAGCCUUUUCUAUUACAGGGAUCCCAUGAUUCUGUCUCGUUUAUAUAAUAAAUGGUUCCGUCUAAACGUUAUCCAUGACGUCGAACGAAACAACGUUAAAGUUUACAUAAAUGGGGUUCUCAAGUACGAGGGUCGUGGACGAGGUGGAACAUCCCAUUAUUUCAAGUGUGGGGUGUACACGCAGGACCAUGCUUCGUUCUAUAUGGAGUCUCGUUGGAAAGAUAUCAAGAUAUUUAGAAGACAUGAUUAAUUAGUGUUCGACUUUCCGUAGGUUAUGGUUCCAACAUAGGAUCAUAUUUCUAACAAGGUUUUCAUCUGCCAUGUA